AAGAAGGUUCUCGAGAAGCCGACAAUGUCGGUUCUUUCUACGUUUAGCAAAUACCGGGAGGCCAUUGGACUGCAAGUGGAGUCGUUCUUGAGGAGCAAUUACUUGGUCCUCGUGGGGGCUGCGGCUGUGUUGGUGUGCGCCUUGUUGUGGAGGAUCAUGUUUGGGAUUGCUAACACCUUCGUCGGGAUCUCCGAGGGGAUGGCAAAGUACGGGUUCCUCGCCCUUUCCUCCGCUAUUGUCGCCUUUGCUUAUUCUUAAAUUUUAGUCCGUCCUCUGUAUGUAAAGGCCAUGAUAAGAGCGAGACCUUACGGUUAGGGGGACGGCAUUUGGAUGAGUGUGUCACCAGUAAAUGCUUACCUUUUUGUCAACUGGUAUUGGAGCGCAAGGUUGAUUAUCCAACCAACAAUUAUUAUAAGCAAGGCAAGGACCUUGGAUUUCCUGAUGACUGUGAGUUUGUCAAAUGUCUUUGGUUUUUAAAUUAGCAGCUUCAUUUGCAAUGUGGCAUUCUGCUACAGUGCAGGUUCUGCCGCUGGUCUGGCUUUUAGUUAAGUAAAUGGGGAGUGGUUGUAAGUGGAAUACUGUCUGGCAUAUUAGUCUUUCAAGUAAAUGGGGAAUGGCUGUAAGUGGUUUUUUAUACCACUAUGAAUUGACCAAUCUCCUAAUUGAUUUA